AGGGACGGCGAGAAGAUGAGGCGGAGGUCAAAUCGAAAUAAAAGUGCGUAUCCCAAAGCCUUCCGAUCAAAAUGUUAUCAACAGCGUUCAAAUUCAUCAGAACCUUCCAAGAAGUCUCAGAAAGAACAAAGUCAAGCCCUAUCAAGCAAGGCGGACUUGCCCACAGAGGGCGAAAGAUCAGGCCAAAUACAUAGUCCAAUAAACAGUUCAUCUAUAGGAAAUGAAGGUGACCAGAUGGUAACACCACGCCCUUCGAUAAGGAAUGCAAGAAAAAGAAAUGUUGAUCGUGCACUUGGCUUGGAAUCAUCAGACCCUGAAAAGAAGUCUCGUAAAGAUGGAGCUGCAGCUGAGGUAUAUCCGCAGAUUAACAUGGACCAUCGCACUGAGGCUCUGGAAUCUCAAUCCAUCUCAGAAUCCGAGAAGAUGGACUGUUCAGAUGAUGUCAACCUUGAUGCAGUACCGUGUGAAGAUGGGAACCAAGCUGAAGAAAACGAAGUACAUGAGAAUCCUGCAGAUGAAGAUGUGAAUGCAGAAUCUGAGAUGGAGUUUGACAGAGUACAGAAUUGUUCGGGCUCAACACUCUUUACUGCUGAUGUUCACUGUCACCCAAGCACUGAGGACUGCACUGACUCAAAACAAAGUUCACACUCUAUUAGACUGAAUGCUUCUGUUGAUGCUGACCAACGCUUAAGUAACAUUGAACCCUGUAGUUUCACUGCUACAAAACAGACUUCACAGUUUCCCAGGCAAAAAGUUUCUGAUGGUGUUCACCAAUGCUCAAGCUACAGGGGGCACCGGAGUUUCAUCGAUACAAAACAAAGUUCACAGUUUUCCAGGCCGAAUGCUUUAGUGGUUAGUCACCAGCUUUUCAGUCACCAAGAACCCUCGCGUUGCAGGGAUAGAACACAAAGUUCACAGUUUAUUGGGCCAAAUGUUUCGGGAUCCAGGUUCCUUUUCUGGAAGCUUGCAAUUCCACUAAUGGCACUGAUAACAAUUUUGAGCAUAUUUGUGUGUUAUCAUUGGCCAUCUGAGACUACUGCUGAUCAACUGAUAAAUGAGAGAGAAGUUCAUCUCCUGAACAAUUGGAAAGAAAUCCAGAACAGGUUCCCAAAUCAACGUCAGGAACUGUGGGCACGCAGUAAAACUUUGUUGCUGAAGCAUGCAGCCACAGUAACACACACUCGGCCUGCAGUUCUUAUGUUUACUGCUGCUCAUGAUGCAAAGGAAACCUUGCGUUGUCUUGCACGUGGGAUGGCAGGAGCUUAUGCAUCAGUCUUCAAUUCCAGUGUGGUCGAAGUUGAUGCAUCUGAAAAGAAGUCGCUGAAUAGCGAUCAAGUGAAGUUAGACAUGGACAACCAGCUAUCGUCUGAGUUCCAAAAAGGAAGAAAAGCAGCAGUUAUUCAUCACUUUCACGAUUUGCCACCAGCUUCUUCGCUUCUGUUCUACAAAUACUGUGACCAUGAAAAUGCAGCCUUCAAGGACGUCCCAAUGUUGAUCACGGUAUCAUUGGACAAGUCAUCUUUGAACCCGGAUUUGUCUCUUCUCACCAUAGAGAAAAUGGUCCAAAACUUCCUGAAGAUGAAGUUCUGCUCUGAAACCCAGGGUGGACAUAAUGGUAUGGAUGCAGACAAACUGAGUGGCCUUUGGAGCCGCAUUGCCCAUGUGGUGCUGCCGGUGUCGCCAGAGAAAGAAAUCGAAGCUGAGGGUUGUCCACUUUUUUAAAAGAAAUGUGUUGCACUUGCAUUGCUAAAAAUGUCUGCAGGAUAUUUUAUAAAUAUUAUCAUUGCAAGAAUUGGAUCUGGUAUUUUCUAGGGUAGGUGGAGAAACUUUUUAAAUAAUAUAUUUUCAAGUUCUGCUGAUGAGAGUUCGUGUUGUGCUGUAAUUUUUUUUCUGUCCCUUUUAAUAUUAUUGGUCUCACUUUCUACCCCACUUUCCUGUUCCAUAAUAAAAUGUUUGUAGGAAUCU